ACGCCAAGACCUGACCCCGCCAUAUCGGCCUCGUAGCCACCGUGGUGGCUGAGAACAACAGAUUGAUAGCAGAACAUACGCACACUCAGCUCAAUCCAGACCAUCGCAAUCAUGUCGCAAGAAGAAUACUUCGAUCUUGGGACCUACCGCCGCCCCGUCACUACCACCUCCGCCACCGGCCAAACAUGGUUCAACCGCGGCCUCAUCUGGAUGUACGCCUUCAACCACGAAGAAUCCGCGCGGUGCUUCGAGCGGGCCAUUGAAUCCGACAAGACCUGCGCCAUGGCCUACUGGGGGCUGGCCUAUGCCAUCGGCGCCAACUACAACAAACCCUGGAGCUAUUUCGACGAGGUAGAUCUCGCCACCGUCGUCCGGCGCGGACACGCCGCCGCGAAGACCGCCGAAUCCCACGCUCCCCACGCAUCACCCGUCGAAGCCGCACUCAUCAAGGCAAUCCAGUCACGAUAUCCAGAGGAGACCCCCAUCAAGCCAUUCUCAGCAUGGAACGAGGACUUCGCCCAAGCCAUGGAAACGGUAUACCGCGAGUUCCCUGAUGAUCUCGACGUCAUCACGGCCUACGCGGACGCGCUCAUGAACCUGCAUCCAUGGGACCUUUGGGACCUGCGAACCGGCGCACCCACCGAAGGCGCGCCCACGCUCAAGAUCAAAGCCCUGCUCGACCGCGCAUUAGCCCUGCCAAGUGCCCUACAGCACCCGGGGCUUCUCCACCUCUACAUCCACCUCAUGGAGAUGUCCCCCGAACCCGAAUCCGCCCUCCCCGUCGCCGACCACCUCCGCGGCCUGGUCCCCGACGGCGGACACCUGCACCACAUGCCCACGCACCUGGACCUGCUCUGCGGCCAGUACACCCAAGCCAUCACCUGGAACUCCGCCGCCAUCGCCGCCGACGAGCGGUACCACCAGCGCAACGGCGCCGUGAACUUCUACACCCUCUACCGCUCGCACGACUACCACUUCCGCAUCUACGCCGCCAUGUUCGCCGGCCAAUCCGAAAUCGCACUCAGCACCGCAUCACAACUCGAAUCUUCCAUCCCCGAGUCCUUACUCCAAGUCCAGUCCCCGCCGAUGGCCGACUGGCUCGAAGCCUUCCUCUCCGUGCGCGUGCACGUGCUCAUCCGCUUCGGCCGGUGGGCCGACAUCCUCGCCCUCGCCCUCCCGUCAGACCCAACCCUCUACACCAUGACAACCGCAAUAACCCACUACGCCAAGGGCAUCGCCCACGCCGCCACCGGGGACACGGCAUCCUCCCGCGCGCAGCGCAAGCACUUCCACGCCGCCGUCUCGCGCGUGCAACCCUCGCGCGCCCUCUUCAACAACAAAUGCACCGACAUCCUCGCCAUCGCCGCCGCAAUGCUCGACGGCGAGCUCGCCUACCGCGAGGGCGACUUCGAGGCGGCAUUCACCGCCCUCCGUAACGCCAUCGAGCUCGAGGAUAAUCUCCCCUACGAUGAACCGUGGGGCUGGAUGCAGCCGACCCGCCACGCCUACGGGGCGCUGCUGAUGGAGCAGGGCCGCGUCGAGGAGGCCGUCGCGGUCUACGAGGCGGAUCUGGGGAUGACGGAUGCGCUGCCGCGGGCGCUACGGCAUCCCGAUAAUGUGUGGGCGUUGCAUGGGGUGCAUGAGUGUUUUGUGCGGUUGGGGAGGGUCGAGGAUGCGGAGCGUGUGGAGGGGAAGAUGCGGGAUGAGGUGGCUAGGGCGGAUGUGCCGGUGCGGGCGUCGUGUUUUUGUCGGUUGGGGGUAGUGGAUAGCGAAAUGGGGGAGGCGGGGUGUUGCCGGUAGGGUUCGCGGGAUCGGAUGGUGAAUUGGGAGGUUGGAUGAAUGAGGGUUAUACUGCAUUUGCAUGCGGGGAUUCGGGAGGUGUGUCUCCCACGGAGCUAUGUUAGUUGGGUGGGCUCUUAUCCCUGCUGCACUUGCUGCAUCACGUCAACACCCCAAGUAGAUGUCCCCAUCAAGCCAUCACUCUUCAAAUCGCCACCUGGCAGAAUGCCACCCUACACACACCAAGAAAAGAACCAACUCAAGUCCCGCCAACCAAAUAAAAUUACUAUGUCCGUAAAUAAAUGCCAAGACCGGCCUUCAACAGAUCGAUCCUAAGCACACAUAUAAGACGAGAACAGUUUUUCAUCCCACUGAACACACCAACCCACCCUAUCCCCUACAGACUUAUUCCUUGGG